CUUCCCGCCCCACCCCUGGGCUGGCCCAGAGCGACGCCGUUGUCAUGGCAGCAGUCUAGCAGCCGGGGUACCGGUCCUUGCAGCGACAGGCGCGCCACGGGCAGUUCCUUGAGCCCGCCUAACGCAGAACCUAGGGCGGCGUCGCCGGAGACAGGGACUGGAGGGCUGCUUGAGGUCAGACCUGCAGUGAGGAUAGAAAGCCAGGCACCUGGAUGAGCCCUGGAGCCUGCAGGCCAGUUCAAGAGCCAGACACCAGUCGAUGGCUAUAGCUUCACAGGCAGGCACCUGUGAAAGGAGCUGUGGGAAUGGCGCACCUGCUAGGCAGCCAGUCCUGCAUGGACAGCCUGCGCAAGGAUCUCACCGACUUGCAGGGCACCAUUGUGGAUGUGUUCUCCCGUGCCGGACCUGUGCGCUUCCCCUCCUGGAAGUUCCCUGACCGUGUAGCCUGUGACCUCGACAUGGUGGCUCUGCUGGAGCACUAUGACCAUGUACCAGGUGACCCUGAGUUCACACAGCUGUCUCAUGCUGUGCUGCUGGAGCUGGUCAUUGACAGGCUCCUGUUGCUUCUUCAGAGCUGUGCCAGCUACCUGGAAAACCUAGCCUCAGAGAAGGUGAUGCCUCCUACCCAGGCUGCGGGGCCCUGCAUGUCUGUGGGGCUCACAGUACGAUGCUUCUGGAACAGCCUGCUGAGGCUAGGCAUGCUCUGUCAACCGACAGCCUCCCAGAAAAGGAUAAACCAAGGGGAAACUCCUACCUCUAAGCCCACAGCCAAGGGCAAGUCAUCUGGGAGCUCUGAAAGUGUUACUGCCAAGUUGAUCAAGCCUCCCUCUCCAACAUUAGGCUCACACCAGACCUGCCAAAGGCCGCAGAGCAUCCCCACCGCCCUAAAGUCCCCAGCCGGGACCUCUGAGAACACCAAGAGCGUCCACUCCCAGACCAUUGAAACAGCCUUGGUGCCCUGUGAUGCAUGCACCAGUGUCCAGGGAAGCCUGUGGGAAGUGAGCAAGGUGGUCAUCAGCCUUUGUCAGAGCCAGAGCUUGCCUUCAUCCUUGGGCCAGUUCCAGCAGCUGGUGCAGGACAGCAUGGGGAUCAGGCCUUUACCAGCUGCCACCAUGAGCCACUGGGCAGAAAAGCAGAGCAAAGACCUGACACGCCUCAGUAAGCACAUAGGGACUCUCUCUCAGCUUGUUGGGCCUCUUAGGGCCCAGCUGGAGGAAUCUGAGAGGCAGAAGGAUGGCCUGAAGAAGCAGGUGGGCAGGUUGGAGCAGGACUUGCGGCAGGAACAGGGUGAGCGGCAACGGCAGGAGGAGGAAUCCAAGCGGUGCCUGACCAAGUGGGAGUGUGACAGGCAGCAACUGCUUGCAGAAAUACAUGAUCUAAAGAUGCAGGUGACCAACCUCAAGGGAGAGCUAAAGCAGCAGCAGGAGUCCGUGCAGUCCAUGGAGCCAAAAGUUCAGCAGCUGCAGGAGGAAGUUGAGCACAGGGUGGCAGCAGAGAGGCAAGUGCAGCAGCUAGAGGAGCAGGUACAGCUGCUGGCAGGGCGGCUGGAUGGAGCCGGCCAGCAGAUCCGAUGGGCCAGCACAGAGCUCGACAAGGAGAAGGCCCGUGUGGACAGCAUGGUUCGCCACCAGGAGUCCUUGCAGACCAAACAGCGGGCCCUGCUUCAGCAGCUGGACAGCCUGGACCAGGAGCGUGAAGAGCUGCAGAGAGGUCUGGAUGAGGCUGAGGGCCAGCGGGCCCAGAUGGAGGAGCAGCUCCAAAGCCUACAGAGUGAGAAGGACCAGGGACAGUGCCAGCUCCAGGCCCAGCAGGAGCUGCUGCAGAGCCUGCAGCGGGAGAAGCAGGACCUGGAACAGGUGACAACAGACCUGCGGCUGACCAUAUUGGACCUGCAACAGGAGAUGGCAGAGCUGAGGGAGCAGGAGCGGCUGCUGGUGACCUUCCCUGACCUGCACAGGCCCAUGGAGGCCCAAAUAAAAAGCUCUGGCAACGUCACAGAUGACAUGGAGGGGCAAAUACAGGCUAAUAACAUCCGCAUCCGGGUCCUGCAGGAGGAGAAUGGUCAGCUCCAGUCAAUGCUAUCCAAAAUCCGUCAAGUGGCCGAGCAGGGGGGCCUCAAGCUCAUCCCACAGGAUCAGCUGUGGUCCAUUCCUGGCAAGGGCACCCAGAGAACAGCACCUUUGGCCCAGGCCCAGAGAAUCUCCCCAAGGCCCCUGAGCAGACGGCACCUUCCUAGCAGCAGGAUGGGCAGCACAGGCAAGACCCCACCAGGUCAUCCCCAAAGAUCCUCUCCUCAGCAGCCCAGCAAUUCUUCCCUCGAGGAUGUGACUCACUCUGCUAUCUGUCAGAAUCCCAUCCGGGCCUUGGCCAGGCUGAGGAAGAGACUCUCACCAAAUCCGGGCCAAGCAAGCUCUGCACAACAGUCCCAGGAGCGGCCCACAUAACUUGCAGCUGAGAUGGGGCUGCAGGGCAGGUGGCUGGCAACUUCCCAAUGGAAUAAAGCCCCAGCCAUCUUCCUAUAGCA